UCGCAAAGCUGCGCUGGCUGCCCGCGGAGGGGAGGCUGCAGACCGAGGGCAGGAGACUACUUCCCAGCACCGCAGCCUCCUGCCAUGUCCGACCCCAUCACACUGAACGUCGGGGGGAAGCUCUACACAACCUCCCUGGCAACCUUGACCAGCUUCCCUGACUCCAUGCUGGGCGCCAUGUUCAGUGGGAAGAUGCCCACUAAGAGGGACAGCCAGGGCAACUGCUUCAUUGACCGUGACGGCAAAGUGUUCCGCUACAUCCUCAACUUCCUGCGGACCUCCCACCUGGACUUGCCCGAGGACUUCCAGGAGAUGGGCCUGCUCCGCAGAGAGGCCGACUUCUACCAGGUGCAGCCUCUGAUUGAGGCACUGCAGGAGAAGGAGGUGGAGCUCUCCAAGGCUGAGAAGAAUGCCAUGCUCAACAUCACGCUGAACCAGCGUGUGCAGACGGUCCACUUCACCGUGCGCGAGGCACCCCAGAUCUACAGCCUGUCCUCCUCCAGCAUGGAGGUCUUCAACGCCAACAUCUUCAGCACCUCUUGCCUGUUCCUCAAGCUCCUCGGCUCCAAGCUCUUCUACUGCUCCAAUGGCAAUCUCUCCUCCAUCACCAGCCACUUGCAGGACCCCAACCACCUGACUCUGGACUGGGUGGCCAACGUGGAGGGCCUGCCAGAGGAGGAGUACACCAAGCAGAACCUCAAGAGGCUCUGGGUGGUGCCAGCCAACAAGCAGAUCAACAGCUUCCAGGUCUUUGUGGAGGAGGUGCUGAAGAUCGCUCUGAGUGAUGGCUUCUGCAUCGAUUCUUCUCACCCGCACGCUCUGGAUUUUAUGAACAAUAAGAUUAUUCGAUUAAUACGGUACAGGUAAAAGGACCCCAGCCACGUUGGAGGGGGGCUGCCAAGAAGCUCCACGUCAGCCAGGAUGUUGGAGAGUAUCUUGCCGGUGGUGUGAGGCAGGGCACUAUACUAAUCUGUAUUAAUCACAUAGCAGGAUUUGAUUCCCCCGCGAUGCAGUCCACCUAUAGGAAUCCAUGUGUCCUCUCAACAGAGCCACCUUUUUUCUUGCCAUUUUGAGCUGGAGAAGGGCAGUUGGUUAUGACAAGUGCAGAGUCUGCUGAUGUCUCCUAAAGGAGGUCACAGGAAGACUGUCUGGCUGGACAGAGGAGCAGUGGUUUUGUCCUGGGCUCCAUCUCUGUACCAUUAGGCAGGGCCUCACUUAGCCAUCUGUUAAAAGAGCCUCUGGUGGAGGGGAUGGGGUGAGAACAAGAGGCUGUCUUCGGUUUCCCAGGACGUAAAGCAUCCAGAGAUUCCCAUCCCGCCUGCUCCUCUGUCCAAGGAUGCAGCCAGGACCUUGGACUUGUUUGCCCGGGGGUGACCGGGUUUGGCUGGCUUGGACAUGUAGUGUGUUCUCAGAGCUAUGUUUCUGGAGAGAUUUGAGCUGUGGCAUGGCCUAGAGGAGUGAGCAUCCAGGCAGGGUUCAGAAGAUGGGGAUAUCCCUCUUGACUGGGCCAAAUCUAGGCUUUGGGGGAUUUCUGGCUUCAGAAAUGGGCUGCUAUCCCUGUAAAGGUUUGAAAAUCUGGAGCCAGUGCAUUGAAAGGCACUUCAUAAUGUGGCCUGUUACCUGACUCUUGUAAUCCUUUCACCAAGAAUUUAAAGUAUAAUUGAAACAGGUCAUUUUAAACAAAUAUGUUAUGGACUCUCA